AUGAUUGUGUCCUGGGAGUCACCACUGAUGGACGAAAAGGCCCACGGCCCAGGAGAGGCCCACGGCCCAGGAGAGGCCCACGGCCCAGGAGAGGCCCACGGCCCAGGAGAGGCCACAGACUCAACAUUCACUUUACAAGAAGAAAAACGUGUUUUCAUGGAAUUUCCGGAUAUUUGUGACAUUAUCAGCUCAACCACAGACACAUUAUUGUCCGUGGGCUCCCGUGUUGCUAAAUUCGUCCCGACACAUCGUGAAUGCACCGUGGAGCUUUCCAACGACACCUCAACCUACUCCCUCUGCAACCCACGCUCGUUCAUCAAAAGCGGGAAUUGCGUCAACCCUUUACAACCCUCCAUUCCGUCCUCCACAUCGGCCACCGCGCUGUUCUCCAAGACGCCGUAUCGAACGCAGGGAUCGGUCGGCGCGUUCACCUACGACGUGUGUGACGAGACCAAGAACGCCGUGGUGAGGGUCGCCGUCAUGUUUAAGGUCCCUUUUAAUAACAAGAAACAUCCCAUAAUGUACGGAGUGGGCAUCUUCGACGUGAACAAGUCCUGUGACCGUGAGCUGUACCAGGAGAUGUCCAAAAGCACCGGGACGUUUGUCUCCGGCGGAGCCAAAGAUUCGAUUCUCGAGUACAAAAGUGCAAACAUCUCCAUCUUGGCUUCGAUGUCAGACGGUUUCACUCCGGUCAUGAAGGUGCAGGUGAAGGACGACUGA